AUUUUCGUAACACUGACAGUGUUGACACCCCACAAAAUAGUUAGGUUAUGUUGACCGAAUAAUUCCCAAUUUCGAUUGAAAUGUUACGAAUAACUUCGAAUUUUCGACUUUUAAACUCGUUGCCCGAGUACCUGCAAAAUUAUCAACCCGUACGAUGGCGCCGGAAGCCUCUUUGGAUGCCGACUGCCAAAAGCAAGCUUUUCAGAGUCCCUAUACGGCCCCAAAUUCCGGAGGAAGAAGACAAUGAAUUGAARCGACUAACUAACAAUUACCGCACGGCCAUGAAAUCAAUUCGAAGAUUUUUAACUUAUCGAUACAGCGUCUCAUUACAAGCGACAGCUGAUACAGAGCAGUUGAAAAAAGCCUUUGAAGAGGAUUUCUCACGAUGUAAAGCUAUAAAUGAUGAGUGGAAUGCGGAAUUGGAGAGGUUGAGGAACGAACGUAUUGCGAGACAAUUGGAGGAAGAUGUUAAAUUCGCGGAAAAUCGAAAACAGGAAUGGUUGAAACGUGAAAAGGAAUUGUUGGCUCAGGCAGAGGAGAUUGUUAGAAAGGAAAAGGAGAUAGUGGCGACAUUUAUUACACCUGAGACGUUGGAUGAGGCCAUUGAGAAGGCGCUUAACAAUCCUGUAGAUUAUAAUUUUGCUAUUGAUUUAGAAGGGAAUAAAAUUGAAGGGAGGGAAACAACACCCGGGGAAAAAGUUCAAGUAAAACAGUAGUUUUAGCCAUAAAAAUUCUCUAUUAUAUAAUUUACAAAACUUAAUAAAUUAUCACGAAAAUA